CGGGCCGGGCCGCCGCCCGCCGCCCGUAUUUAAAGUCUGUCCGGGGGGCGGCGGGACGCUGCGCGGUGCCGCUCGCUGGAUGAACGCGCCCUCCCCGCAAAAAGAGAAGGGAGGGAAAAAGGGAGGGGAGGAAGAAAGGGAGGAAGGAAGGAGAAAGAAGAAGAGGAGGUGAAGGAGGAGGAAUUGCGGGCGAGUUGAGUUUGGUACCAAGUGGCAGCUGGGCUGCAGGGCUCGGGUAGGAGAUGGAGAAGGAUGAGAUCCACCUGCGCAGGCUGCCCGCCGCCGCGCCCUGGGGACCGCAUGCAGACAGUGAGUUUCAUGGGGUGGAUUUUCCAGCAGAAGAUCUCAACGAGGCUCCAGAGGAGACAGGAAUGAGGGUGAACAAAAAAUACCCCUGUAUGCCCAGUGAGGAGAAGGGGAUCCACAUUAUCAACAUCCGAGCUAUCGAGGACAUAGGAUAUGACCAGCAUGAGAGUACUUUAUUAAAUUCCCUAUCCAAAAAUCCAGAUGCUGACUGCAAAUAUGGACUCUACUUCAGAGAUGGCAAGAGAAAAGUAGACUACAUCCUGGUUUAUCAGUACAAAAAGUCCUCUGCAGGGAGGACACUCACCAGGAGGGUUCAUCAUAAUGAUUCAAAUGUCCGGAACACCAAGCAGGACCAGCCACUUCCUGGGAAAGGAGUGCAGCUGGAAAUGAGGGAAAGUGAACCUCAUGUGGAUUACCAUGAAGAUGAUAAGAGGUUUCGAAGGGAGGAGUAUGAAGGGAACCUCGUGGAGGCUGGUCUGGAACUGGAACGUGAUGAGGAUACAAAAAUCCAUGGGAUUGGAUUUGUAAAAAUUCAUGCACCUUGGAAUGUACUGUGUCGAGAGGCAGAAUUUCUUAAGCUCAAGAUGCCCACAAAAAAGGUGUAUCAAAUCAAUCAGACCCAUGGUCUCCUGAAGAAGAUUAACUCUGUAAUUCAAAAAAUCACAGAGCCCAUCCAGCCAAAAGUAGCAGAGCACAAACCUCAGACAGUGAAGCGCCUCUCCUACCCCUUCUCCAGGGAGAAACAGCACCUAUUUGAUUUGUCUGACAGAGAUUCCUUCUUUGACAGCAAAACGAGAAGCACUAUAGUUUAUGAAAUUUUGAAAAGAACAACAUGUACCAAAGCAAAGUAUAGCAUGGGGAAAGGAGAGGGAAGAAAGAAGGAAACUACCCUUUUAAAUAAAAGACGAAAAUGUGGUAAAUAUGGGAUCACCAGUCUGCUUGCCAAUGGAGUUUACAGUGCUGCGUAUCCUCUGCAUGAUGGUGACUAUGAAGGUGAAAAUGUUGAACCUAACGACCGAAAACUUCUGUGUGAGGAGUGGGCAAGCUAUGGGGUCUUUUACAAAUAUCAGCCAAUCGACCUGGUGAGAAAAUACUUUGGAGAGAAGAUUGGACUGUAUUUUGCCUGGCUGGGAGUUUAUACACAAAUGCUUAUUCCGGCCUCGAUUGUAGGGAUCAUUGUUUUCCUGUAUGGCUGUGCAACUGUGGAUGAGAAUAUACCAAGUAUGGAAAUGUGUGACCAGAGGAACAACAUCACCAUGUGUCCCCUGUGUGACAGAACGUGCAGUUACUGGAAGAUGAGCUCUGCCUGCGCCACCGCCCGCGCGAGUCAUCUCUUUGAUAACCCUGCCACUGUCUUCUUCUCAGUCUUCAUGGCUCUCUGGGCUGCCACCUUUAUGGAACACUGGAAGAGAAAACAGAUGCGUCUCAACUAUCGGUGGGACCUGACUGGGUUUGAGGAGGAGGAGGAGGCUGUCAAGGAUCAUCCAAGGGCAGAAUAUGAAGCCAAAGUUUUAAAAAAAUCGUUGAGAAAAGAACACAAACACAAAGAGACAGAUAAAGAGAAGCUGACAUGGAAGGAUCGUUUCCCAGCCUAUUUAACCAAUUUUGUUGGCAUUCUUUUCAUGGUUGGGCUGACCUUUGCUAUAGUGUUUGGAGUCAUCAUAUACAGGAUCUCCACUGCAGCAGCACUGGCAAUCAGUUCCACUCCCUCAGGGAGGUCGAGCGUUCGGGUCACCGUCACCGCCACCGCUGUCAUCAUCAAUCUGGUGGUCAUCAUCAUCCUGGAUGAAGUCUAUGGCUGCAUUGCAAGGUGGCUGACCCAGAUUGAGGUGCCAAAAACUGACAAGAAUUUUGAAGAGCGUCUGAUUUUUAAGGCUUUCCUGCUGAAAUUUGUCAAUGCCUACACACCCAUUUUCUACGUCGCUUUCUUCAAAGGCCGGUUUGUUGGACGUCCAGGAGACUACGUCUACAUUUUCCAUUCUUUCCGCAUGGAAGAGUGUGCUCCAGGUGGUUGCCUAAUGGAGUUGUGUAUCCAGCUCAGUAUCAUCAUGUUGGGCAAGCAGCUGAUCCAGAACAAUUUAUUUGAGAUUGGCAUCCCAAAAAUGAAGAAACUGAUACGCUACAUGAAAUUAAAGAGUCGGCGUUCGUUGGACCAUGAGGAGCACAUGAAAAAAAAGCAGCGUUAUGAAGUGGACUACAACCUGGAGCCUUUUGCUGGACUCACCCCUGAAUACAUGGAAAUGAUUAUUCAGUUUGGGUUUGUAACUCUGUUCGUGGCGUCCUUCCCACUGGCACCUUUGUUUGCUUUGCUGAACAACAUCAUCGAAAUCAGGCUGGAUGCAAAAAAAUUUGUUACUGAGCUCAGGAGACCUGUAGCAGUCAGAGCAAAGGAUAUAGGAAUCUGGUAUAAUAUCCUCAGAGGUAUUGGGAAGCUUGCUGUCAUAAUAAAUGCAUUUGUGAUCUCAUUCACAUCUGACUUCAUUCCACGCCUCGUGUACCUGUACAUGUACAGUGAGACUGGCACCAUGCAUGGCUUCGUCAACCAUACGCUCUCCUCUUUUAAUGUCAGCGAUUUCCAAGCAGGAACAGCCCCAAACGACCCCAUGGAUCUUGGCUACGAGGUUCAGAUCUGCAGAUACAAAGAUUAUCGAGAACCUCCCUGGUCUGAAAACAAGUAUGACAUUUCCAAGGAUUUCUGGGCUGUCCUAGCAGCAAGAUUAGCAUUUGUGAUAGUCUUCCAGAACUUGGUCAUGUUUAUGAGUGACUUUGUUGACUGGAUUAUCCCAGACAUUCCCAAGGACAUUAGUCAGCAGAUUCAUAAAGAGAAAGUUCUCAUGGUGGAGGUCUUCAUGAGAGAAGAGCAAGGGAAGCUGCAAAUGCUAGAAACCUGGAAAGACAAGGAGAAGAAAAAAGGUGAAAACUGUAACAAUCACAGCCCCAGACUCUCCAGGAGCCGUAGUGGGAGUUUGUCCUCCUGCCACUCAUAUCCUCUGGAUGUAUAGAAGAGGAGGGAGAUGAGUACAUCGGGGCAUUCCACUGAUACAAAAGCCAUCAUGUAAACGGCAGGACUCAAGGAAUGGACAACCUGGUGCAUGUUGAAGGAUGUGCUGCCAUUUUGCUCCCAUCUUUGUGAGAAAUGCUCUUCUUGCAAAUAUGGAAGACCAUCUUCUAUUUCUGAUAACUUCGUUGUUUUUUUCUUUUGCACAAGCAGCAAUGCAGGGAAUUUUUAUAUUUCAUUGAUAGGUAACACUAUUGACCUUGGUGUGCAUUAAUAAGUGCAGGUACUUAGUAGGUCUUGGUAGAGAUAUUCUCUGAGCAUUUGACCUUAGCCUUUUAAUUAACUAACCACAGAAAGGUAAAUUUUAAGUGAUGAUAAUGCUACUAAGUUAAAAUAUUUUUGGAACCCCAGGCUUGAAGGUCUGUGGGGUAACUCCAUGAAGUAUAUGCAAAAUCAGCUUUAGUGUGUGCCCUAAUAUUCCUUUAGGCAGGAAAGAAACCAUGUCAAGCCUACCCAACUGAGGUGCUUUCCAAAACAGACAUCUGUGUUUGAACCUGCAGGGCUGGCACAGUCCACCAAGUGCACAGGGCACUUGUGUACCCACCACCAGGGCACUGCUCUCUUCAGAAACAUCAGGAAAGCCAAUCUGGAAAAGUCCUUUUUUAAAAAAAAAAUUUAAAAAUUUAAAAAAAAUCAGUGAACAACUGAUGUGGAUGAAGCUACCUCAGUGCCCUGGGCUGCAUCAGCCCUGUUUGAGCAGUCCCUUGCUCAUGGCCAGGCAAUGGCAGCACAAUGCUGGGGAUCCUCCCAGCUGGGUGAUCACAGAGUGGUUUGUGUGAAAUGCCCUGAAUUAAAGAGCACACGCAGGGCCACGGGGACUCACACUGCCCUGCCUGCUACUCAGACACUGUUGUUGCUGAGGAAAUUCCCUUUUCCCCUGUUGAUUCAGCACAUCCCUUUCCAGCUGGGUUUUUCUCUGUAGCCCUCUGUCCUCUGCAGGAGAAAGGAGUAUGCACCCCUCUUUCCCAGCCUGUUGCUCCUGCAGACUUUCUGCUGUUGAAUGGCAUUUCCCAGAGGCUGUGCCCGAGGAGUAAAUCCACAGCAUGUCCCACUUGUUGUCUUCAAUGGAAGUUUUGCCUGCACUGAGGCUACAGGACCAGACCUUCAGUUAGUUACAGGACUCUUCUUUUGUCUUAAAAUACUCUGUCUUUUGUACAAGGAGCUUCCUUCAAGUAUAAGCCUAAAAUCCUUACUCAUGAUGCCUACCUAAAUCCCAUCAGUACAGCUCUUUUUAUGCAUAGGAUAUUUUAGUUUUGCUUUGUCCAACGAUAAACUGCACUUCCAAAUAAUAUUGGUGCAAUUAACCUCAUUUCUUUUAUUGCUUUGUCUUGUCCAUGGCACUUGCAUUACAAAUAUGAAAAACUGAAAAAAUAAAAUAAAAAUGAAAGAUUUCUUUAAAGUCUAACUACUGUAUGGUUUGAUACAAAACCAAACGCCAAAAGACUAUUUUGCAGAGAAGUUAGUUAUUUCUUUUUUUCCUUUUCUUUUUUCUUUGCUAAACUAAUUUAAAGAUUAAUGCUAGAAGUUAAAAAAGAAAAUUGCCAUAUUUAGCUUUUGAUAUAUUUAUUUGUUUUAAAGUAUGUAAUAAACUUGAUAUUUUUCUGUAGUCUGUCCAAAGAUGGUACCAGAAAAGAAAUUAUGUGGAAGAAAGAAAAUGGUAUUAACCAAAUAUUCUUGAAGCUUAUUUAAAAUUCUGAUCCAACCAAAGAUUUUUAUUAAUAAAGGGCUUAUAUUUUGUUAA